CCGAGAUAAACAAAAACAUUAAUCCUAAGUGAAGUCGCAGAGCUCAUUCGAGUUGUUUAUCGUACGAUAAUCUAAUUAGUAUAUCAAGAAAUUUUAUUCCAUUGGUUUGAAUUUCAUUACUGCCCGCGAAAUUUAUUGGUGACUACUAGUUUGAAUACGAACCCUAAUAACUCAUCGAUGGAUGCCGAAACGCUGAACCGCCUGCUUGACGGAGACCAUCCCCAGCUGAACGAAGCGUUGGUUCAGUUCAACAAACAAAAUCAGCAGGUUUUCAAUUUUUCAUCACUCACAACCAGCGGCCAGUGGGUACUGCUGUGGAACCGACUGUUCGAGUAUCUGUGCGAUCCGACGUUCCCCCAUCAGGUGGGUUGUCUCGUGGCGAUCAAGCUGCUCAGCCGGGAUAAAACCUACCUGAAUGAGACGGUCAACACGGAGCAGUUGGACUGUUUGCUGUACCUGGCGGGGAUUGGCAGUGAAGGGUACUGCGAUGCGACCGAAGAUGUUCAGAUUGAAGCACUCAAGUGCUUGAGUAAUUUGAUUUUCCAGAGCAAGAAAUGUCAGGAGUUGUGCCUGGUUAAUUCUUCCACGGAGGGGAUUAUGAAAAGGAUUAAAGAAUAUACGAAUGGCAAUAUAUGCUAUGAUAUUCAGUAUUUUGACAUGAAACUGUUGUUUCUGUUAACGGCAAUCAACUGUGAUAUUCGGAUGAAGGUCCGCGAGGAUCUGCACGGACUCGCGUAUCUUGUUGAAACGCUGGAUCUCUACAUGAAGAAAUCUGCCGAAGCUAAGGAAUUUAAUGAUAAGGAGCUUGAGUUGGUGAAUGAAGUAUUGAAGGUGUUAUUUAAUCUGACUGUACGCACACCCAGCAGUGCCAUUCCAGAGGAGGAGGAAGCUACACAAUUCCAUCGGCUUGUGAUUGUUGUUCACGAUUUAUUUUUCUACCGUACCUUGAAUAGAGAUAAAAUACUCUCACUUCAGUCAAAUAUCGUUAAUCUGCUAACGAGCGUUCCGGUUAGUUGCUAUAAUGAUCUCGUGACUUGCUUAGAUCAGAACGAUCCCGAGAGCAAGACAAUUGUGCCAUUCGAGGGAAAGAAUGUCUAUGUUCUCCAGGUUUUGGUGGAAUUCCUGAGGAAACACUUCCAGAAGUCAGAGAAGAAAUCAGAUCAGUAUGAGUUGUUGUCGCCCAUAUUGACUGUUCUGAUAAAAACCAUACGAGCAUCGGCCUUGAACCGCCGUUAUGUUAGAUCCGUGAUACUUCCUCCCCUCAUAGAUGUAACAGACCGGCCAGAGGUUGGAAAAGAGCUUCGAAAUUAUCUCUGCGCUCUACUGACGAGCCCCUGCACUCAAAUUGCCGACCUAUCCGCAGAAUUGCUGUUUGUUCUGUGCAAAGAAAACGUUGGCCGCAUGAUAAAAUACACGGGAUACGGUAAUGCAGCCGGUCUUUUCGCCAAUCGGGGACUGUUGGGUGGUCGCCAGGGAAAUACUGAACAGUAUUCAUCGGAUUCCGAAGACAGCGAUACUGAGGAAUACAAACAAAUACAACACGCCAUCAAUCCUGUGCUUGGUUGCUAUGAACCACCCAAGCCAAAUCCUCUCGAGGGUAUGUCCGAAGAGCAGAAAGAAUUCGAAGCAAUGCAGCUGGUGGCGCUGAUGGAUCAACUCCAGCGGCAAGGAAUUGUACAACCGUGUAAGAUUGGCCUUGAUGGGCGACCCCAACCGGUGAAUCAUAUUUUGGAGCUACAGGACGAAAUUCCUGAACAACAACGAGAUCAUAAACGUAAGACGUAAAAGGGGUGUGAGUUCGGUAAGUUAGUGUAAUUGUGGUUUCAAUGUUCAGCCAUUUUAAAACGUAGUCCGUUGUUCCCCUAUCAAGAACAAUAUUAUUCAAAAUAUCGAUAUUCUUGUCUAUGACUUACCCAAACUGCUGGUGUCCGGUUUAGUCGGAAACAACCAAUAACUAGUCUGUCAUAUAUCAUCGUGUACCAAGGCUUGCGUCGUUAGUGCGCAUAUCGUGUAGCCAUGUCACUUUUCUUCGUCCGUCUCGUGGUUUUAAUUUUAUUUGAUAUUCUACAAUCGAUAAUAGAUGCUUUUAGGA